AUGAACAUACAGCAGUUCUCGCGACAUUUAUCCGCCCCUCGUUGUUUUUUUUUUUUCCUUGACGUGAUCUUGACUUGGUGGCAACGGGUGCUGGAAACAUUUACCGGCGAGCUUUCUCUGUCUGAAGAGCCACCGAACCGACUUGGAUCAUUUAUGACAUCGAAGCCGAAACUCCACAACAAAGUUCCCCGGAUGCUGUCGGCCGAGGCGGCAGCGAGCGGGCUGAAGCAAUGUCAGCAGGCCCAGGAUCAGCUGGAGGACGCCAUCAGCAGCGUGAUGAAGGCGGAGCAGCAGCUGAGAGACAACGGCAGAGAGGUGCGCUCGGAGCUGCAGAGCUGUGUGAGCCGCCAGCAGGAGGCGCUGCGCUGCAGGGAGAUUUGGCUGCUUGGUCAGAUUGAGCUGCUGGAGCAAGUCAACACUGAAACUCUACAGCAGCAGCUGCACCAGCUGUACCAGCUCAGAGGUCAGUUCGAUGUGAUCACUCAUCAGCUGCAGAACUCCAACAGUAGCAACGACCUGAACAACCAGCUGACCAGCUGCAUGGAGAAGUUGUCUUCUCUCAGUCUCACACCUGAGGAAACACCUGAGAUGCGUUUCCAUGCCGACGUCCGCUCUCUGCGACAGGCCAUCACCUCAUUUGGCAGCAUCACAUCUCAGCUGGAGGCCGUGUCCUCUCAGAGUCCUGCCCAUCACAGAGCCCAGGUGCAGAGUUGUCCAAUCACAGCCCAGAAGCAGCAGAUGGAGGGUGGAGCUCUGGGUGACUGGCUGCUGGGGCACCGCCCAGUGAACAGCUGCAUCCCUAUUGGCUACCAGUCCAGCAAGAACCCUGAGGAUUGGCUGCUGUCGCAGCAGGAGAACAAGAUUUCCUGCCCUGCCCUGCUGUCAGUGGACUUCCUGUCAGCAUGGGGGCAGCUGAGGGACCUGGAGGCGUGGCUUCUGCAGGAAACGCCGGCCAUCAGAGAGCGGACCAACAGCAGCUGCAGCUCAGCCUUCUCCAUUGAGAAGAUCGACGAAUCAGACAUCACCGCCUACGAGGAGGAGGACGGGGAGCUGAGCGACUGGCUCAUCACCCCGCCCGCCGCUGCCAUGGAGACCGUGUCAGAUGCCGAGCGAUGGCGGCGGGUACUUAAGCCGUUUGAGGAUGGCUGGUCGUCCAGCGAGUGGCUGUCGGAGGCGAGCCGGCCAAACUGCACUUCCUGCUGCCAGACGAGCCGCGCCUUGGAGAUCGAGAACCUUGGCCAGCUCAAGUGCCUCAAGACCCCAACCGCCUCCGGACCCGCCUCUGGACCAGCCUCCCCUGCGGCAGCGCCGGCAACAAGCCUGGAGGCGUGGCUGCAGCAGGCAGCGCCGCUGCAACAGACCUGCAAAGCCAACGAGACGUGCUCCACCUACUCCGAAUGCGUUUGUGAUGACAACUGCGGCAGGGAGGCACUGAGCCGCUGGCUGCUGCAGCAGGAUGGUCGUGACAAGAAUGGAGUCCCUGUGGCCAAGAACGCCCCGUCCACUGCAAAGAAUGCCCCGCCCACUACAAAGAACGCCCCGCCUACUGCAAAGAACACCCCGCCCACCCUGUUCCACAGAGAGCAGGAGCAGAAGGUGCAGGCCAUCCUGGAGGCGUGGCUUCACCCUACCUCCAGCUGCAGGGCUCCUCUCAGCUCCUCCCUGUCCGGCUGGGUGUCGGCUGAGGAGGACGCUGUCAGGAGGCCUUCGUCCUCCUCGUCUACCUCGUCCUCCUUGUUCGAGCGGCCCCUGGAUCCAGACCUCUGGGUUCUCCCGGUCAAGAAUCCGGUUCCUGCUGAGGAGGAGGAGGACAAAUGGCUGCUGAGAAAGAGAUGUCAGGCUCAGGAGCGCUUGGCGCUGCCCACAGUGUGCGACCUGUUCUCCUGUAUGAAGGUGGGCGGAGACAAAGACAAGUGGCUGCACAGAGCUCCUGUCCAGAUGUGAUGGAGACGAUGGACGCUUCGUCCUCUGAGAGUCACUUUAUCGCUGAUCAGCGCGCACGCACACGCACACACACACGCACACACACACACACACACACCAAUGUGACAUCAUCGCCACCUUCCUCCUGUGACAUCAGCACACUGGUUGUGGUGAAGCUUGUAUCUCCAGAUGUGUUCUGAGUGUUUCUGUGAUGCAGACGGUGAUCAGAUGUUCUGGAUACACGAAAAUUAAAUCUGAAGAAAAUCUGUAAGAUGAUCAAUAAUGUAAUCAAUAGUCAAUAUCUGCGGCAAUAAAUAUGAAAUUUCUUCUCUUGAAAAAAACUGUGGUGGAGAUACAAGGUUUCAGUGUGAAUCCUGAUGAACAUGUGACACAAGAGGGGGCGGGGCUAGGCAACAUGCUAUAUAUGGGCGGGUCAUAUAUAAGUGGGUGGGGCCACAUUUAACAUAUAAUAGCCUUUAUUUUAAUGAUGUGAUUUUAUGAGCAAAUCUUUGAACUCUGUUUUUCUGUUUCUGUUACGAGGUUUUACUUCCACAGCCAGUACGUGUUUUCAGCGCAGUCCUGAAAACGCGUAACUGACUCUGAGAAGGAACUUCAUUUCCCAGAAGGCCUUGUGUGUAGGCAGCCUGCCGACCGGUCACAUGACCCCAUGGUCAGCAGUGAUUGGUGCUUUUUAUUGAGUUUUAUGGGGGGGGGGGUUACCAUGUAGAACUGUGAUGUCAUCAUUUCUCCUGCUGUGAUUCUCUACAGUAAUAAAACAUGCUGACAUCAUCA